AUGACAGAGGAGAGGCGUGCCAAAGUGGAGCAGUAUGUUGGAGAAAUUAAAGGUGGCCUGAGACCUGCCAUGAAACUCACAAUCAUGGGGAUGGUACACCCCAACCCCAAGAGCUUUUCAGUGACUCUGCUUUGUGAUCCAGUGGAUGCAAACAAAGAUGUUGGGCUGUUACUUACAGUUAACUUUAGUGAGAAAUCCAUCACCAGAAAUGCACGAAUUGCUGGGAAAUGGGGAAGAGAAGAGAAGACUAUUCCCUACUUCCCAUUUACAGCAGGUGAUACGUUCAAGAUGGAGAUUUUAUGUGAACACCAGCAGAUACGAGUCUUGCUUGAUGGACGUCAGCUCUGUGACUUCACUCACCGCAUUCAGCCUCUGAACUUGGUGAAAGCUUUGCAGAUCUCAGGCGACAUCAAGCUUACUAAAGUGGCUUGA